AUGACUGCUACGAGAAGAAAACCCACUAUGCACCUUGCACUUCCACCCAGGAUAUCGAUGAACAGGAUGGAUUCUGGCGAAUCGUCUCCUUGUACGCCCGGACCACAUACUCCUCUGCCAUACGACAUAAGCUAUUUCAAUGAUAGCCAGAUCGAUAUGAUGCAGCUCGAUGAAACAUCAGUAGGUGUAGGAUCUAAAAGAAGUAGAGAUGAAGAAGAUGAAAAGUUCAUUGAACCUGAAUGGGCUGAAGAAGAAAUAGAUGUCUUAGAUUCUACUCUGCUACAUCCUUUUAGACCUGUGUCAACGUCGUACCCUCCAGGUGAAUUACCACCACCUCACGUUCUUGAUGAAUUGACAAAUCAAAUCCUCAAUUAUGCUUUCCGUCGUAACAAACAUAACAAUGAGAGAUCUUCAUCGCCUCCUUCAGAUAUAUCGACUGAAUCAACCUCAUCAGAGCAUGAGAAGGGGGAAAAGAAAGUUUGGAAACAUUCUUGGGAUUUCACAAGGAAGAAGUUGUUUGAAAUUGCUUUAGCUGAGAGUAAAUUUGGACAUGCGCAACAAGGAUUCGGGUUCGGGUUUGACAAUGAUGAGAAUAAGAAAAAACCAAGUAGAGAAGAGAGAUUACAUAGUAGACCAGGACUAAGGAGGGUGGAUAGUAUGGAUUUUCUAGAUCAGAAAGAAGAUGAUUCCGAUACGAAUACGAGUUCGUCAGAAAAUGUUGGUAGAGCCAUAAGACUCUCAACUUCGUUACAAAAUAGCGCAAAGCAAGAACCUCUUCUUUUAUCUCUAAGUAGAUCGACCUCACUCGGAUCUGGACUCACGGCCGAAUCACCCAUAUGUCCAAGUGAAUCAUCACCACUACCACUACAACCUCAACCUUCAAUGACUUCUAUAACCCUCACUCCAGCUUCCCCAACAGGUCCGUCACAACCAUUAAGACGUAAGCCUUCUUUCCGAUCUUCUUCUUCAAGACCACUCCGACCAGCAAGUUUACUGCAAAGGGGAAGAAGCUUUACGGCUGAGGAUCUACGUGCCGAAGCUGAAGACAAAGAUAGAACAUCGAUUCAUGGAAGUGAAAAUGGAGAACAAUCCAAUGCUGAAAUAGCCACAAGUCUAACUUCGACAUCUGAAAUAACAACUUCACCAAUCGAGAUGUUAUCGAAAACAGAGUUCAUGCCUCUACCCAAACUACCAAGUGAUCACAACCACAACCACAACAACAACAAUAACAGUAAAUUGACAAGAUCAUACUCAUCUUCAUCAGUCUUAUACCCACAACCUCAUACUAUACAAAAGUUAUUCUUAUCGGCACCUAUACCAUCAACAAAUGACAGAUCAAAAUUAGCUUUGCCUUUACCCGAUGAAAAUAGCCCAUUGACGUCUUCAUCCCUGUCUCCAUCUCUGUCUCCUUCCAUAUCUCUAUCCCUGGGUCCGAUUCACUCCGAAACAAGCGCAAAUUCAAAUUGGAGUGACAGCGAAGACGAAUCCAUCAAACAACCUAGAAAAAUCAAGAAACUAAAACAAACCAAAAAGACACACAAGCCCGAAAGUGAUAAUGGACUAUUAACGAAAAGCCCAAUGAAAAUCAUAAGUCAAUUAUUACCUGGUCAAGGUCCAGGUGAAUUAGCUUUGAGGAGUCCUUUCGAAGAAAAAGAUGAACCUCAAUUCGUGUAG